AUGUCAGACCCAACACUGAAGGAGCUGGAUUCCUCGUUCCAGCUGCCAAAUAACUACUCCCUGAUCACGCCCGCGUCUCUCGGACCACCAGGACCUUCGGCAUCACAUUCGGAUGAUUUAUAUGCUCAAAUCAAGAAUAGAUCCAAUGCUUCAGCCAACAUAAAUUCGUCUUUUCCAACUAGUUCCCGACUGCUGGCACUUCCAGAGUCCGUACGCGGAAGGCAAGUGACUCGUCAGCUAUCCCUAAACACUUUCACCUCGUUUACGCCGUCGGUUAUGGAUCUUCCGUACAUCUUGGGACCGAGAGACUUCCAGUCGACUGUCGAGUGUUAUGAAGAAUUGUUAACUAAAGCCGACAAAUAUAGCCGGGCGCUCCACGCUGUAGCCGAGGCAGCUAGUGAUUUUGGUCAGGCGUUGGAGGAGUCCGUGAAAAGCCCAAAAAUUAACUACCGUAAAGAGGUCAGUGAAGGGCUUGUAAAUGCAGCUGGUUUGCAAUAUAUAAUAGGCACCAACGAGCUGAUACUAGCACGCACACUUAAAGAGUCGUUUCAGGUCCCUCUUGCGGAAGCAUUGGCUAAAGUCAAGCUGGAUUACAAGUCAAAUCACGAGUAUUACCAGCAAGAGGUUCGAGAGAAAACCAAGAGGCUUCGUCAAAAAGAACUCGAGAAUAUUAAGCUAUCCAAACUGAGAACGAGAAACCUCAAUGCUUACAAGUCGAACCUAGUCCAGCUUACGAACCAGGUUGACGAAAUUGAUCGACUUAAGCAUGACUACUACCAUGAAGUGAAUGCAAUAUUGGAGCAUUUUAGUGGAGAUCAACUAGUUUUGAAAACCGGCUCUUUCGUGCGGGCGCAGCUAGAAAUCUACGAAGGUAUAGCAAGGAAAGGCUGGUCUGGUGGAGGACUCGAUGAGCUUUUGUCAAUUGCUCCCGAUCUCUUUGGUUCUGCGGUUGAACCUGAGCAUCAAGUGGACACAGAUGAUGUACUAGCAGCCAAUGAGAGCAUACAUUCCGACAAUGACGAUACUAUAGACGCUAUAAAUCAAGGAGGACCACCCAUUGCAUCGCCAACCUCGGUCAUAGAACGUUCAACUCCUGUUCAUUCUGAACAAGAAAGCUGUUCGUCUCCCGUGGAUACUUCUUUUGAGCUACCAAAAAUUGGAAACUCUGAUCUGGUCCUAUAUCGGAACUCGAGACUGCCUGUUGAAGACCACUAG